GGCGGGUUCGUUCGGCUGGACAAGCUUUUGGCGGACAGAGGUGCUGGCUCUCGGAAGGAUGUGGACCGGCUGAUCCGGAAGGGGCUGGUCGAGCUCGAGAACCCCGAGACGGGCUCGUACGAGGUGGUCGGCAAGAGCGGCGGAAAGCUCAAGGUGCCGUGGGACGCGUGUCCGCUCGUGGACGGCUUUGACUACCCGCCGCCUCCGCUCCUCGCCGCGUACCACAAGCCGCUCGGCGUCGUCUCGUCGAUGAAGGACGACAAGGGCCGGCCGGACCUGGCUUCGGUGCUGCCCCAGCCGUGGCAGAAGGCGCUCCACCCCGUCGGGCGCCUCGACGCUGACACGACCGGCCUUCUCCUCUUUUGCCGCGACGGCGACCUGACGCACCGGCUGCUGCACCCAAAGUAUGUGGUGGAGCGGGAGUACGUCGCGACGGUGGAGGGCGCCGUCGACGAGGAGCUGCUGCGCGGCCGGCUGGCCGCAGGCGUCGAGACGGUCGAGGAGGGCGAGCCGUUCGUGGUGCAAGGCGAGCUGCUCUCCGUCGAGGGGCAGCGGGUGCGUUGCGUCUUUCGCGAGGGCAAGUACCGCAUGGUGCGCCGGGUGCUCGCCAACUGCGGACACCCGGUGGUGGCGCUGCACCGC